AUGUUUUCAAUAUUCUUGGGAAUAUGUUUGUUAGCUACAAGUUUUAUAUUUGUGCCCAUCAACCCAGCUCCAACAGCACAAGAUAAAACAGAAAGCGACAUUUUAUAUUAUGAAAAUGAAAACGAUGGCAAAGGAAAUUAUGAGUUCAGUUUUGCAACAGCCGAUGAUACGAAGCGAGAGGAGAUUGGAACAGUCGUGAACGCCGGUCAGCCAGACCAGUACAUCCAAGUCGAGGGAUCCUACUCGUAUAGAUACAACACACCAGGUGGAUACAAAUGGAGGAUGUUCGAAUACACCGCGGGCAAAGAGGGCUUCAAUAUAACUGAACUUAUGGUAAUAGAAGGGACUCUGAGUGGUCACAUUCCACCUGCAGCGCUUGCAACACUAACAGGAUAGGAGAUGAAGUGAAUACAAUCAGAAGUUCACU